AUCGAAAUCGAUUUCUUAAUCCAUUGCACCUCUGAGCUGAAAACAACAAAGCGCGCGGAGCCGGCGACUUCUGUGCUGGUGCUGUGUUAUUUUGCAAACUCCAAACAUAUAUUUGUAUAUUGAAACAUAUAAAUUAUAAUAAAUUAGUGUUUGUAAGAAACCACAGCAAUGUCUAACGCGACUAUAACGACAUGCAAGCUGUUAUUAUUUGGGCGAUGUGUGCGCGCCGUAUUACUCAGCGUGGGCGUGCAAUUUCUGCUGCUUACCGUAUUUUUGCUGCUUGUUAACUUUCAAUUGCUGCAUCCACUGGAUUGGAUAAUGGGCUCCUUGCGUCUGGUGUGCAGCUUCUACACGUGGUUUGCCUGCAUUCCUCUACUUGGCGCCGUUGUGUUCUACGGAAUGACGCUUUCCCAUCAGCAUCUCGCCGAGCGUCGCUACUGUCCCACACGCUAUCGCUGGCUGCUGCAAAAUGGUCCUCGCAAACUAUUAUUUCUAUUCGCACAUUUGGUCGUGGGCUACCUAACUGCCUGGUUGUACACGGGUUAUUUGCACACGGACUAUCGGCAUUUUGUGCAUAAGUGCUAUGGCCAGGAUUGUCUGAACUCCUAUCACAUCUUUUUGCUGGGCAUGGGCCUUUCCGCCGGCUGCUACUACUUUGCCACCGAGUACAUGCAUGAAGAAGCAUCCAUUGAUUUCGACUUUGCUGAACAGUCGCGUCCAGAAAAGCUGCGUGAGCUGCUCUAUGGCACCCUGCUGAAGGCGCCAAUCAGUUCCGUGAUGCCCACGCUAUGCUACACGUUUAUCUUUUGGCUAUUUGGUGCCUUUCUGAAGUACAGGCUGAGUGUGCUAGUCAACGUGGACACGGACGAUCGGCUGCUGGGCAUUUUAGAUGUGAUUAGCAAUGGACGACUGCUAUUCUAUGGCUGGCUGCUUAGCGCUCAGAUAGUGAGCAACAUGCAUCUCAUGCGAUGCUUUUAUGCCACGCUGCUGUCCGAGAAAUUGCCAAUGGUUGUUGCACGCAAUCGCGUUUCCCUUGGCAGUGAGCAGGAGGUCACCGUUGUGGCUGGUCUGGGCGUCUUGAAUGUGUAUGUAGUGCAGUGUCUAGCCGCCAAUUUUCUGUACGAAGAAGCACAACGCAAGAAUUCAGCGGUGCGCACGGAAAUCUUUCAGCUAACCGAGCCAGGCAAUCGGCCAGCCAAUUGGCGCGCCCUAUGCGACCAAUGUGUCAGCAUCGUGGGCAAUUUUACCGAAGAGCUUAGCGAUUCAAUGCGGCAGAUCAGCUUGAUGAAAGGCAAUGAACAGAAUUUUGCGUCUAUUCACAGCGACAGUAGUGCCGCUCUGCUGGCCGAAAAGCUGCUGCUUCGACAGUACAAUCAUAUGCAUGGCAUUCGUCCUGUUGUUUCGUUACCACGUGAUGUUUCUAACCAGGAAUGGGAUACAAAAGCCAUGGAUAGCAUACGCCAUGUGCCAAAUUGGUGCGAGCGUACGUCGAUGAAGCUGGAGAAGUUGCUGCAACAGCUGCUGCGUCGUAUUCCUGGCAUAGUUUAUUUCUUCUCCGAGCCGGAAGGCGCCAAGACGGAAUUUCUACUGGAAAAUGCGUUGCCCAUUAUCUGGCUAACACAGGCGCUAGCGCAUAUCUGCGUCGCCUCAAUCAAUGAGGAUAGUUAUGGUGUGGUGCAGGACGACUUGCCGGGCAUCAUUAAGGCAUUGCAUCGUCUCAAGUGUGAAUUGGACAGGCUCAGCAACGGCAUGCCCAACUUUCGCACAACCAGCAACAGCUUCAAUCACUUGCGUUACGCAGUGCGCCGCAGUCUCUACAACAUUUGCACAUCGUUUUACAAAUAUUUAGGCGAACUGUCAUCCAGUGGCGAGGAGCUGCGCCAGCUGCAGGCAUUCGUUUAUCAGGGAUAGGAAAGCAGGUGUCAU